CUUCCUGAUGGAAUUGACUUUGUCUGACUAUAUCACCUAGUAAUCCUCUCAGUCACUACCACACCUUCUGGACCUAUCGCACAACCAUGGCAGACCGAUCAGACAUUCCCGAAGAUGCUCCUCCCAGCUAUGCGCAAGCAACCGGAUCAUCGUCAUCGGCAUCACAUCCACCAGCCGGAAGCUCCAACAACGCCAGCAGCUCCUCACACCUAAAUGUGCCAGGCACCAGCGGCAAGGGCGGUGUGCCUGCUGCAUACCGCCGUUCUAUGGAAGACGAGCAGCGACCUCUCCCCGAAGGCUGGGUACGGACAUUCGACCCAAAGAACAACCACCAAUUCUUCGUCGACACCACGAAAGACCCACCACGGAGUAUAUGGGUCCAUCCCUACGAUGACGAAGAGUAUCUCAACUCCCUCACCGGCGAAGAGCGCGAGCGCGUGGAACAGGAAAGCAUAACCUAUCGAGGCAAGCAUCACCCUACCAAGGAUGAUUACAUCAACGCUCCUUCGGAUGACGAGGGUGAUCAUCGCCAACAUUCUGCAGCUGGUUCGUCAGAUCCGCCGCUACCUCCUCGACCUGACGGAAAAGGCAAAGAGCCAGAGCACAAGUCCUUCGGCAGGAAGUUGAAAGACAAGGUCACGGGCACGACGCAUGAGGAGCGCGAGAGGAUGCGCGAGCAGAGAGCUGAGCAGGAGAGGCAAGCGUAUGAGAUGCACUUGCGUGUGCGGCAAGCGAUGCAGAGAGCGGCUCAGACGGGACAGCCACAGCAUAUUGGCAAGGACCGCGAUGGCAAGGAUAUCUACAUCCAGCCUCCGCAGCCUAUGGGCUAUGGUGGAGGCUAUGGAGGUGGAUACGGCUAUCCUUACGGUGGUGCAUAUGGUGGUAAUGGCAUCUACACCACACCGAAUGCCCGCUAUAUCACGCCGCAGCAGCCGUAUGGCAGGCCUUAUGGUAGCGGGUAUGGGGGAGGAUUCGGUAUGCCAUUGGCUAUUGGUGGUGGGUUGCUGGGUGGUCUCCUUUUGGGCGACCUGCUAUUCUAAGCUGGAAUGACAUUUCGUCCGUGUGCCGAUCGAGCACGAGCUUGGAGAGCAGUCCUCGUGUGUGGGAUUCUGCGCAGGAUUUGGUUGAGGCAUUGACGCCUGGCCAAGAGCGAAUUACGAGAAACACGAGCGUAUGAAUUUAUGGCAUAGAU